UACCGGGAUGGCCGUGCUGUCAAGUAAUCGCUCCCCUCGCGCGUGUUUUGACUUAUUUUUGUCAAGCGAUCGCCAUAUUGUUUUAUUGUGUUCUUAAUAUUUUAAUUUGAAUCAUCAUCAAGUCAUUAAUUUUACGACUACACAGUAAUGGCGGAAUGAAAAGUGGUUAUGUGAUUAAAAAAUAUAAUAAUAGUGUAAUGUUAUUUUUUUUUCUCUUGAUUUGCUACGUGUGAGUGUCACCGCGCGUGUGUGAAUAUGGAUGUGUAUAUGAUUAGUAUUAUUAACACAAUCAUUCGUUUAUCUACGCUGUAGAUAAUUAAAUAAUUAUCUCGAUCAAUCAUUAUUGAACGGUUCGUUCCGAAACUUGGCACUAUAACCGUUAUGCCUUUGUCAAUUAUUGAACAUGAAAAAUUUUAAUUGAAAAAAUAAAAUUAAAAAGUAAUUCCCUUACGUGCGCGCGAAUGUAGUGUAGUUUAUGUAGUGUAUCUAUUUAUAGUUUGUUGAAAAAUAACUGCCACAGUACAUUCAGUGUGUUUAAAUUUAGUGCAAUGUCUAAGCUGAAAAGUUAUAAAUAAUAUUGCAUAUGUCCAUUGUUAUUUUGUAAUUAUGUUACAUAGCGUUCUAUGGAAAAAUAUGCCCUCUAUUUGUGUUUUUGUGAAGUUAAAGUGACUUGGAUGUGCGUCCUUUGUCCUUUGGAUUGCCUCUAAUCAUGGAUAAACCGUCAUUCAAGCUGGUGGGAUUACCAUGCGGUCACCACGGGCAGUACACCUUCUACAAAGCUCUCCGGCUGACUGGGCCGCGCGAGAGGAUCGUGGCCAUCGGGGACUUCUUCUUUGUGAGGAUCUGGCAGGACUCCGAGCUUGUCUCCAUUGGCGAGCUCCAGCUGCUAUGGACGGACAGGGUGUCUGAUCAGACCCUGGUCAGCCUCAGGCUGUACUUCCUGCCUGAGAACACGCCGGACGGUCGCGGGCUGCACGGCGAGGAUGAGGUGUUAGCAAUAAAUGAUAAGGUGGUACUCCGGGCCGAAGAUCUGCUAAGCUGGGUGUGCGUUGGAGACAGCUGGCGGUGGGGCCUCCGGGCCGUUUGGAAGGGCUCGUGUGCUCCUCCAGCAGACCCUCGCCACACGGCGCCCCUGCAUCAUACCAAGCUGGACUUCAGCGAUGUUGAACGAGAGAAGAGUACCAUUGUAGACGCGGACUUUCCGGGCGUGGUGGUGUUCUCAUACCCGAGGUACUGCCGCUACCGGGCGCUGCUGUCCCGCCUCGAGGGCAUACAAGGCGACUGGCUGCGGGACUCGCUGGUGGCCGCGCUCGGGGGGUACGCGGCGCCCACCAAGAACACCAGGAUACUGUACUGCAAGGACACCUUCGAGUACCCAGAGCUGGAGGGUCACGAGUUCGUGUGCAACCACCUGGCGCCGCGGCUGAAGGGGCGACCUCGAGGCCGCCGCCGCCGACCCCCCCGCUCCCGCAGUCACACCCCCUCGUCGCCAUCACCAUCUCGCUCUAGUGACAGCGAGCAUGAACGACCCCCUCCGCAGCCCAGGAUUCAAACGCCACGCCGUCUCACUCUCCGCAACGGUGAUAAGCAGAGUGAUGAUGAUGAUCUAAAGGAAAGCAGCGCUGAAGACAGGGCGUUCAUGAAUACGCUGAAGCAGUUCUACAAGGACAGGAACGAGCCGUUUAAUACUUCACAUACGCUCAAGGACUUGUCGCUGCGGGCGCUGUACGCGUGGGUGCGAGCUCGCGGAGGAUAUGAAGCCGUGUGCGGACGCAAGCUGUGGAGACUCGCCGCCGCACAGCCCGCCAGGGCGCGCGCCCACUACGAGAGGUUCCUGUUACCAUUCGAGCACUACGAGCGACGGAAUGGUCACAAACUGAACGGCAGAGUUGAAGAACAUCCCAUUACCACAAUAGAGGUAAUCGAUUCACCCCUCCGAGAUAUGGAGAAGAAGCAUAACCUCCCCGACAAACGGUUGAAGACACCGUCCCCCAAACCUGAGCCUGUAGACAGCGAGACUGGAGAAGUGAAGGAAGAAUAUGUAACCUCCAAACCUGCUGAAGAACUGAAUAGAGAAUUCCUAGAAUCAUUACCAAAGGACGAGAGGUACUUAAACGUGAAACCGUUUGAGAAGCUAUCCGACCAGAGAACGGAUAAGAAACUCCAAGAUGUAGAGAAUAAGCCGAUAACGAAGAGUUCCAGCAAUGUGAUAGACGGUGUGGGGUGUAAACAGUUGAACGAGACGGUGUUUGUGAAUGAAAUGCAGAAGCCAAAGUCGGAGGCGUCGCGCACACACCACGACGUCACUCUGUCCUCCGUGUCGAGUUUGACGAGUCUGUCAACACUGGGCGAUAAAUAUGUCAACGGUCACCACGACGUACCACCAGUAGAUCAGAAGAAUAAACCAGUCGGUCGCAGUUCGUUGCGGGCUGUACGCGUGAAACCAGCGCGGCCCAACCACGCGCCCGCAAACACACCACCAACGGCAUCGCUGCGGGCGGACUCUGCAUCAUCAUCACCGCAGCCGGCGGUGAACGCGGCGCCGCCGCCCGUCACCAACUUCGGCAUUCAUCACCCGCCCGCGCAGAUUAGUGAUGAUGAAAUCGUUGAGGUUCCGUACAAACCGAAGACGCCGGAAAUAAUUGAUCUCGACGAAUAUCCGGAGAGUCCUCAAGCUAUUAAGAAGAAGAAACUAGAUAUACUAAAGGAGAGAGGGCUGGAAGUUACCGCAAUACCCACCCCCGCGUGGCCCGGCCCCGUCCCCCUCACGACCAUCAACCCCCUGCUAAACACCGCCCCCAUGACCCUCAACCCCGCGGUCCAACAUCAAAUAAUGACCCAAGUACAACUGUUUCAAAUGUACAAUAUAGUACCACCGAAUUACGCCAACGGUAUACGACCACCGAAAAUAACGCAGGGCACCUCAAUUUUCGGGUCAUCUGGCCCCGAGAAGACGGUUUACGGGAACCCCAAAGACCCCUUCAUGCCCCCACCCCACAUUCUACACGGGACCCCAGUCAAGCCACAGAAGAAUAUAGCGUCUUCGACCUCCCAAACUCCGCCGCAAGAUAUCCUAGACUUAACAUGUAAGAACCCCUCGUUGACCCCACAAAAGCCGGCGGUCGAAAUCGUCAGGGUACCACCGACCCCGUCCCCGUCGAAAGCCUCUAGUGCCCCCCAAAACUUGGCAAAGAACUACACCCUAAUCGACGGGAAAGCAGUAGUAGGUUCGAAUUUAGAAAUUACAUUAGUCAAUCCGAAAGCCCAACAUAAUACAAUGAAAAACAGGACGCCACAAAAACGGUCGUCCAACGGUAAAUUCAUGUCCACGAAAACAGUUACGCCCCCUAAAGAUUUCCCCAAACAGUACACUUGUCCGUCCCCGUCCGGGGUCCAGAAGAAGUCCCCAAUAGUUGUCCCCAACUACCAAGUUAAUCCCCGAGACGACCCUUCCCCGACAAGUUCCACAGGGUCCAGGGACAGUCAGACCCCGCAGAAUUACCAAAAUGUGGUUAAAAAUCAGAAUCUAGCGCAGUUUAUGGAAAUGCAGAAGAGUGUACCAAGUUUUAUGGACCCAAUGUACAUGAACGCGUUUUACAACAGUCUGGGCCAGAUGGACCAGAGACAAUUGGCGGCGUAUAGAGACAUGAUGGCCAGCCAGUUUAGGGGAUACAGUGGUCUACUGAAUAUGGGUGCGGUAACAAACACACCUACAACGAAAAAUUAAUAUCUAGUCUUAAUUUUUGUGAUAAUAUUAGUAUUGUACGUUACGGUCGGGUCGUGUUUGACUGUUGAAUUUGUGUAAAUCAAAAAAGACCUUAAGGCCUCUUAUCCACGGUAUAAUGUUGAAAAGAUGCAGAUGAGAUUAUAUCACUCACCUCUAGUUCCACUACACCAAAUGGUACCGAUGUUGACUUGACAUACCUCACUGUAUUACUAUUAAAACAUUCAAUCCCCUUUUCCCCACUGGGCACAUUGGUCACGUGGCCAGGGCCCCGCGAUGGAUUAGGGCACCCUAGUCUAGUCUAGUCCGUACCCUAUUACCCACUGAGCACAUUGGUCACGUGGCCAGGGCCCCGCAAUGGAUUAGGGCACCCUAGUCUAGUCUAGUCCGUACCCUAUUACCCACUGAGCACAUUGGGCACGUGCCCAGGGCCCCGCGAUGGAUUAGGUCACCCUAGUCUAGUCUAGUUCGUACCCUAUUACCCACUGAGCACAUUGGGCACGUAGCCAGGGCCCCGCGACGGAUUAGGGCACCCUAGUCUAGUCUAGUCCGUACCCUAUUACCCACUGAGCACAUUGGGCACGUGCCCAGGGCCCUGCAAUUGAUUAGGGCACCCUAGUCUAGACCCUACUUUUUAAAUCGCUAUCCCUACCGUCCAGUUCCGAUAGCAACUUCAGUUAAGAACUGGCAAGACACAACUGGUAUAUUUUUGUUUGAUUUUUUUAGUCAGUUAUAUUAUUAUAAUAGAUCACAAUAUCCUCUUGAAAUCUUUAUAUUAAAUUCAUGGUGAAGUGGGCCUGAGUUCAUGUUCAUCUUAUCAUCCUCCACUGGUGCCCCGCCAGCGUAUACCGUUAUCGCAGGCGGGUGCACCAUUACAUUAUGCAAGACCUUCUGUUCUAUAAUAUAUAGAGCGUGUCAACCGUCGCCUAUUUACAUGAACAGUAC